AUGGAAAAGAAAAAUGAUAUUAAAUUUAUAAUGGGAGAAGUUAAAAAAGAAGGUGAAAAUAUAAUGUCAAAUGAAAUUAUCCCAAGAUAUUAUAAUUGUUGUAUGUGCUGUCAUUCACAAUUAGAUAAUCCAAGAAAUUAUUGUGUUUUUUGUUUAAGUAAAAGAGUUGCAGAAAGAGGACAAAAAAUAAAUAAACAAAAAGAAGAAAUAAUAAAAAUAAGAAACCAUAAUCAUGAAAUAGAAAAAUUAUUAAAUGAAAAACUUUGUUCAAUGAAUAAAGAAACAAAUAUUAUUGCUAAUACAAAUGUAUUAUUUAAUCAAAUUCAACAAAAUGAAAUGGCAAUUUCAGUUAUUGAAGUUAAAGAAAAAGAUGGAAUUAGAAAAGCUAUUGAACAUAUAAAAAAAAUUAAUAAAUGUCUUAUUGGAAUGAAAAAAGCUAUUGAACAUACAAUUUCAUUAGAGAAAGAAUAUAAUAAGAUAAAACAAGAAACAAAUGGACUUAUUCAACUUCAAACAUUUUUAAAAGAACAAAUUAUUAUUAAAAAAAAACAACAAAUAAAACGAAUUAAUGAAAUAAUGAUGAUUGAAAUAAUAAAAGAAGAAAAAAAUAUAAAAAAAGAAGAAGAAAAAAUAGAAAGACCAAUUGAAGGAGAAAAAAAAUUAUAUAAAAUAGUUAAUUUUAAUAUUAAAUCUAAAUCUAAAAUAUUUACAACAAUUAAAACAGGAAAUUUAUUUAUUAAUUAUUUAUAUUUAUUAUUAAAAGAAUAUUCAUAUAUUAUGGAAAUUCCUUGUACACUUAUAAUAAUUAGUAAAGGAAAUGAAAUACCAAUUAGUAUUAUUAGAAAAUCUAAUUUAAAUAAAAAUGGAUUAAAUGAUAAAAUAACAAUACCAUCAGUAAAUUUAACAUUUUCACAUCAAAUAUUUAAAAUAUUUUAUGAUGAAUUUAAACAACUUUAUUGUAUUCAAUAUAAAACACCAAUUGAAGUAGAAGGAGAAAAUUAUGUUGAAAAGAUUAUUAAAUUAUUACAAUAUUUUAAAUCAUUUUAA